UUUAAUUACUUUUAUUUGGUAUUUCGUUUUCACUUUCUACACAUCUUCUUCGUUGAAGCCUCUCAAAAUGGAAGGAUUGACGUUUUCAAUUCUUACGCUUUUAUUCGUAAGAGCAUUUGCAUCUUCAGAAGAAAGUGACGUAGAUGUGGAACGUUUAAUACACAACUUAAACGAGAACAUUGAAUAUGGAAUAUAUCGCGACGUUGUUGAUGAUAACGACAACUACGACGACGACGAUGGCAACAACGACGAUGGCAACAACGACGAUGGCAACAAAGACGAUGGCAACGUAGCUGAUGACGAUAACGGUAAUGAAGCCGUUGAUAAUAACGACGGUAAUGACGAUAGUAACGUAAGUGAUGAUGGCAACGGUGAUGAGGACGGCGAGGUCGAUGGUGGUGACGAUGAUGAUGAUGACGACUUUGUUAGAAACUCGUUCCAACGUUCGCCGAAUUCACAACUAAGAUAUAUUCGUCGUCCUUUGUCGUGGUCACGAAGAAGAGGAUGUAGAUGGAAGCGAAACCCGAGUUAUUGCACGCCACUACCGUUAGGAAGAUGAAACUCAUGAUCAAGCCCCGCCUUUUUUUUAUUAUUUAAUAUUCUCCAAAAAAAUUCAAUUUCAAUGAGCAUAAAUACAGUGGUCCCUACUUAACUUGAACUUCAAAGUUCAACUAAUCUGUAAUAUUCAAUAACUCGAAAAUUAGAGAUUUUAAGAAGUAAUUUCGAGUUCUUUUUAAACAGAGUCUAAAGACCCAUAAAGUUAUACUAAAAAGGACCUUGGAUAUUCUGAUUAAUACUGGUAGCGAUUAUAAGUUUGUAUUGGAGGUAAAA